AUGUCUGCGCCCUCCCUCAUCAAUUAUAUCAACGUACGGCCAUGGCUCAAGCGAUUGCUGAUGCCACUCGCCAACUGGCAUGCCAAUGCUUCUGGAUACAGACAACUAGGACUGAGAGCCGAUGACCUGAUCCCUGAAGAGAACGAUACCGUCCAGCUGGCAAUUCGAAGGCUUCCUCCCAAGGAAGCUUAUGACCGUGUCUUUCGCAUCCGACGCGCAUUCCAGUGCUCAAUCGAACAUCAGCUCCUCCCUAUCGAACAGCAAACCAAGCCAGAAGAGGACGUCGAAUAUCUCAGCCCCAUUAUCCGAGAGAUCGAACGUGAGAACAAGGAACGGGAUGAGCUUGAUAACCUUGUCAUCAAGCGAUAA